AUGGAUUCCCCAGUCUGGUUCAUCACUGGCGCCUCUUCAGGAUUCGGACUUGCCAUCGCCAAAGAAGCUCUUUCUCGCGACCACCGCGUCAUUGCAACCGCCCGCAAUACAGCCAAGCUUUCUGACCUUGCCUCCGCAGGCGCUGAUAUUCUCCCCCUGGACGUCACCGCCACCGAGGCCACCAUCACAGAGACGGUCAACAAGGCCUUCGCCCUUCACGGCAAAGUGACGCACGUCAUCAACUCCGCCGGCUACAUUCUCGAAGGCACCAUCGAGGAGGCCAAUGCUAAGGAAGUCUUUGACCAGUACAACACCAACGUCCUCGGCACUCUCAAGGUCUCCCGCGCAGUUGCUCCCCACCUCCGCGCCCAGCGCUUCGGUGCCGUUAUCAACAUUGGCAGUCUCGGCAGCUGGAAGAGCGGCCCGGCUUUUGCCAUGUACUGCUCUACAAAAGCUGCCGUCAGCCUGCUCACCGAAGGCUUCCACGACGAGCUGAAGCCGUUUGGUAUUGACGUCUGCAUCCUUGAGCCGGGCUACCUCCGCACCGGAUUUCUGAAUCCCGGCGCCCGCAUCAAGGUUGAGCAGUCUGUCCAUGCGUAUACCGAGAGCACUGCGGGCCAAGUCAGGAAGCUGUUGGAGACUGUCGACAACAACCAGCCUGGUGACCCGAUGAAGGGUGCGCGGGUGGUCGUGGAUGUUCUGACCAAGUCUGGACUUGCUGAGGGCCGUGAGAUCCCUCAAAGGCUGGCUCUGGGCACUGACUGUCUCGCAGUCAUUCGCGAGAAAUGCAAGGGCACCAUGGCUCUUCUUGAUGAGUGGGAGUCGAUCUCCGCUUCGACCGAUUUCUAG